AUGACAACGGAGGCCCUGAAGAAUGAGAACCGACUCCAACGCUUCAAUCCAAAAGCGUGGAUAGGUUAUCUAGUGGGAUACGACUCCACGAAUGUAUAUAGGAUUUGGAAUCCUUCGACCGGAAAUAUUAUUCGAGCCCGAGAUGUUAUCUUCAACGAGGAUGAAGGAUUCACCGGAGAUAUUCAACAAAUCAAGGACGACCUCCUCGGUGUCACAACAGAGGAUUUGACUAACCUACUCUUAAAAGUCGAUAUCUCUUUAGAAUCAGAAAAUGCUGACGAUUUUACUAACCUUUUAGAUAAAAUGGAAGAUGUUAUUUUUGACGAAGAUAGGCUGAAUCCUGAGCACACGACAACUCAAGGAUCGACUGGUUCAGGAUCUAAAGAAUCAAGCUGUCUUGAUUCCGAUGAUUUAAGCGGCCUAUCUCUCACGACCGGAGAAGGAUUAUUGGACGGAAUUGAUAAAUAUGCUUAUCCUACACCUCCAGAGUCGCCUCCGAGCGCUCUAUUGGCGGCUAGCAUAACUAUCGUUCAAAACGACGACUUUGUCCUUCGUGAGAGCUCUGAGUUCGCAGCUGGAAUGUCAACUAGCGAGGAAGGUAGCGAUACUGCUCUCGUCCAGGAAGCAACCAACAGGGCAGGUGUCGGUGGCGCUCCUGUUAGUAUAGGUAUAGUUAGGCCCACAGGGUCACAUACUGAGUUUAGAGAAGGUAGCGGUGCUGCUCUCAAUCUGCGUGACUCCACGGAACGCCUCACAGAGACUCGUGGCAGGUAUUUCCUUGGGGACAGGUCCACAGGAUCGCUCAAGAAGAGUAGGGAAUACCUUAUAGAGAUUCCUACUAGAACCGUCGAUACCGUUUUGACUACGCAACGGGGAGAGCUCAAUCCUUGGAGGUUUGCUUUCCUAGUAGGCACAAGACAUCGUCAGUAUAAGAUAAACACGGUCAGGUUUGAUCAUGUGAGUCUCCAACGACGUUUGAGGUCAGGACGUCGACUCCAGUCAAUCUUAAUCCGCAAUCUGCCGCCUGCUCCCAAGAGUCACCGUGAAGUGGAAACUCACCCUCUAGGUUGGUUAUUUGAAGAGGCUGAGAAAGCUUAUCUCAAAAGUCAUAAUCUAUCUGGCUCUUGGACGACGGUGCCUAUCGGAAAGGCAAAAGGAAAGCAGAUUCUCGAUUGUAUAUAG